AUCUCUCUCCCCUUCUCCCCACACCCCACUAAAACCCCAGGCCUCGCCAGCCGCCGCCGGCCGCCGCCACUCCCCGCCAUCGCCAUGGCUCACCUCCGCCUCCUCCUCUCCCACUCCAGCCGCCACCACCCCCAGCCGCACCGUCUCAUCUCGCUCCUCCGCUUCUCCUCUAACACCGGCUCCGGCUCCGGCUCCGGCCCAACGCCGCCGCCCAUCAAGCCCGUGUCCUACGCCCCGAAGCCGCAGCCAGCGCCCGAGGAGGCUCCCGCCGCCGCGGAGGAGGCUGCCCCGAGCGAUGACCCCGGGUCUCGGCCCCCGCCGCCGCCAAGGAGAUCGCAGGGGCCGCCACAGCGGCAGCAGUGGACGCGGGAGGAGAUGCGGUUCGUGAAGGACGCGGGGCCCUCGAUCACGCCGGUGUCGUACCCGGCCAGGGUCGCGCCGCUGCCGGAGGACCGUCCGGCGGAGGAGGCACCCCCGGAGGGGCCGGCGGACGAGGGGCUGCGGGGAGAGGGGGAGCGGAUCGAGAUGGACGCCACGCGGGCCAGGAGGAGCUUCUUCGGGAUGCAGGCGGAGGAGGAGCAGGCGCCAUACCCGACGCUCAUACCCGUCGAGAAGCGGCCGCAGAAGGUCGCCAUUGAUCUCGUCGACGCCAUCCGCGAAAUCAAGACCAGUGCAAAUGAAAAGAAGCGGAAUUUUACCGAAACAGUUGAAGCUCAUGUAAUGUUAGGUGUUGAUCCACGUCGUGGUGACCAGAUGGUGCGUGGCGCGUUAACUUUGCCACAUGGCACUGGCAAGACUGUUAGGGUAGCGGUAUUUGCAGAAGGUCCUGCAGCAGAUGAAGCUAGAGCUGCUGGAGCUGAUGUCGUUGGUGGUGACGAGCUGAUUGAGGAGAUCCGCACAGGAGGCGGUAAACUGAGUUUUGACAAGUGCAUUGCUACCCCUAUGUACAUGCCUCGUCUUUCGAAGGUUGCUAGAAUAUUGGGUCCACGCGGACUGAUGCCAAAUCCUAAGCUAGGGUCUGUGACAAACGAUGUUUCUGGUGCUGUCAAAGCAGCAAAAUCAGGCCGGGUUGAUUUCAAAAUAGAUAAAACAGCUAUAGUGCAUGUUGGUCUUGGGAAGAUAAAUUUUUCUGAUGAGAAUUUGCGUGAAAAUAUUGGUGCUUUUGUACAUGCACUUCUACUUGCCAAGCCAGUGGGAUUAAAGAAAACUUCAAAGUAUGUUGGAUACGUGAAGAAGUUCACACUGAGUAGCACAAUGGGUCCUGGAUUUCCUGUAACCAUACCAUCGCUAUCCGCGGCAGCUGAUCAUUAUAACAAUAGCAAGGUGCAAGCCAGCUAACGAAAUAUAAUCAAGUUAAACGAACCUUUUUGCACUAGUGAACACAGCCGGCUUGCAAGUUGUGGAUGGUUUGGUGAUGAAGCAUAGAGGCCGACCGCAGUUAGAUGAAUGGCUGUUUUUGACACUGGGUUAAUGAUUGUGGACAAAAACCUUCAAGAAACAUUCGGUAGGGGAUUCUUAGUUUUUUUUGCUGCUCAGCAAUUAUGUGACUGCGUUAAAUGGCCCACCUUUGUCAUCCACGGUGUUCUGCAAUUUGUUGUAAGAAAUGUAAUUCUGAGUUUAUUCUUAAACAAGAUUGUAGUUCUAGCAUUUUGGAGAUAAUAAUGGUCGAGAUACCGCAUAAUGUGAUCCGACAGAAUAUGGCACUCGAAUCGAAGGGCUAUGAAUGUUUUCAUCAGUCAGAUUAUACUGGAUAA